GAAGAGGUCUAGUUUAUCUAAAGCCAUUUGUUUAUCUUAAAAUGGGCUUGCAGAUUCUGAGGUCUUCUUCACCCCUUUCUUCUUCUUCCAAGACCAUAAUCUUCAACCCCACGACCAAACCUACUCUAACAAACCUCCUCCUCCUCCGACCUUCAAACCCUACACCCACUACUUCUCUCUUCAAAACCCAUUUCACAACUUUCUCACCAAAACCCAUCACACCCGCCAUUGGGUUUGGCGGGUCUUUGCAAAACGCUAAGCGUAGCUUCCGUGGUGGAGUUGUUGUAGCUAUGGCUGCACCUGGCCCGGUUCAGAAAUCAGAGGAGGAGUGGAGAGCUGUCCUCUCUCCUGAACAGUUUCGGAUUCUGAGGCAAAAAGGCACCGAGUAUCCUGGCACCGGAGUAUAUGACAAGUUCUUUGAGGAGGGAGUCUAUACCUGUGCAGGAUGUGGGACUCCUCUCUACAAGUCGACAACCAAAUUUAACUCUGGUUGUGGUUGGCCAGCUUUCUACGAGGGUCUUCCUGGGGCCAUAAAUUCUGUUCCGGACCGUGAUGGGAUGAGGGUUGAAAUUACAUGUGCAGCUUGCGGUGGACACCUGGGUCAUGUAUUUAAAGGCGAAGGUUUCCGGACACCCACAGAUGAACGCCAUUGUGUGAACAGUAUUUCACUCAAGUUUAGUCCUGCCAAUUCUAAUCCUUCUGAGUGAAGGAGCCCUUUGUAUGGUUGCACUACAGUAUUCGUAAAUUCUGUUAAUAAGUCAGGUGGGCAUGAUGAACAUUGAUUCUACAACUUUUGUGGUAAUGCUGUCAUAUAGAGCAAUCUUAAUAUAAUUUUGUUGCACUUAAAUA